UUGUUUUUCCAAAAGAGGGAUAAUUGCAAUAAAAUAAGAUAUAAUAAAUAAUGGAAUAUUAAUAUUUCGCAUUAAUAGUUAAUAGUGGCAGUUAAAUAUUUACAUAAAAACCUAGGAUAUGUCAUUCUUUCAGAAGUCAUGUAUCGGAACAUCUAUCAAGGUAAUUUUCUGAAGGCAGUUAGGUAUGCGAGAUUUAUUGCAACUACUUCGCCAACACAGAAUAAUGCGCAAAACUUAAACGAGGCCCAAUUUGAUGGAGUAGGUCAACAUAAUUUCGAUGACUUCACAAAAGAGUUCAUGCAGAAUCGUAUUGAGGUGAAUCCUUUUCAAAGACUUUUAUUGAGUGCUGGGUCAUCAAUUGCAGCUCUAGUCGAUCCAAGAAGACACGAUAUGAUUGCCUGUCUAGGCGAAACAACCGGCGAACAUGCUCUUCAGGAUAUUUUGCAUACUAUGAAAUCUACGGAAGAAGGUCAGCGUAUAUUGCAACAGAAACCACGUAUUAACACUAGAACCGUCAAUUUAGAAACGUUGCGUCAGCUUCCAGAGAACACAUUUGGAUGGGUUUAUGUAAAAUUUUUGGACGAUAACCAAGUGACCCCCGAUUCCCGGAUGGAAGUGCGUUUCAUGGAUGAUUCUGAGUUGGCAUACAUUAUGACCCGUUAUCGAGAAUGUCACGACUUAGUACAUGCCGUACUCGGCAUGCCCACAAAUAUGCUUGGAGAAGUAGCAGUCAAGUGGGUUGAAGCUCUUAAUAUUGGUUUGCCAAUGUGCUAUGGUGGUGCAGUUUUUGGAGCUUUCCGAUUAAGGCCCAAGCAAAGAAAACGAUAUAUAUCAGAAUAUUUGCCUUGGGCAAUUAAAAAUGGCAAAUCUGCAAGACCCUUGAUGGCUGUGUUUUGGGAAGAGCGUUGGGAGCAAGAUAUUGAGGAGAUGCGAAGGGAACUUCAAAUAACAACCCUGCAAAACUAACAAACUGUUAUAGCCAUCUAUGGUAUUUAAGCAGCAAGAUUUAAGAUUCUUUUGUAAACGUGUUGUGAUGUAAACUAACAAAAUAUUGAAUUAAAAAUUUCUCUAAGGUA